AUGUAUCUGCUCAAAGACUGGAGCGUCGAUACCCACGGGCUGGUGGGGGGCGGGGAGUGGGCCCCGGGCAGCCUGCCCCUCUGGCUCUCCCCGCCCAGGCGGGCGCUGCCUGCACACGCACAGUCCCGGGGUCCGUCUGCCCCCGCUGCCGCCGACAUGAGCCCCCCGGCCCCUCAGAGAGCACGCCGUCACCAGGCGUCCCCGGGAAGCCUGGCUGGGUCCGUCCCUGUGGCCCUCAGGCUGGCAGGGAGGCCCCUGAGCUGCCCUCUUUGUGCCAGGAGAGCAGAUGCGCCGGGAGCAGGAGCAGGAGGCUGGCCGCUGUCGGCCCCGGCAGGGGCCCGGCCCGUGGAGGGUGGGCAGGGGGGAGCUGCACGGGAGACCCGAGAGCCUGCUUGGGCAGCGCCUGCCACCCUGGCGCCGGGGCCCGGCUACGGUUGGCACUGCCAGGCGGCCGCUGGUGCAGAAGGGGAGCCUGGGCACUGA